AUGGCUAUCUCGCACGCGUCUCUCAGCCUCUUGUCGAUGGUCUUCCUCGCUGGAAGCAUAGUCAUGAUGUUCUUCGUCAUCCUCGCCGGCGUGAGCAACACGACGCCGCUAAACAACACCUACUUCCUCAGCGCCGACACCCGGGGCAUCUCGGGAGCCCGCGAUCGCACGCAAUGGACAUACUUCUACAUGUGCAGCCCCGGCAACGUGGACUGCGGUGGCGCCUGGCCUGCUCCCCCAUUCGGCUGGGCAUGGAAUGCGAACCCGUCCAAUGCACCUGCUGAACUCGUCGGCAGCCACGGUGGCGAAACCACCAGCCAGUACUACUUUUACAUGUGGCGCUUCGGAUGGGUCUUCUACCUGAUCUCCCUCGUCUUCGCCGUGGUUGCCUUCUUUGGUGGAUUUCUGGCUUGCUGCGGACGCCUUGGCUCCGCGCUGGCUGGGCUCACCACGGCCACUGCCAUGUUCUUCUUCACUGUCGCUGCGUCUCUAAUGACGGCCGAAUUCGUCAAGGCUCGCAACGCCUUCAGAGCCGACAACCGUGACGCUGAGAUUGGCACGUACGCUUUUGGUUUCACCUGGGGUGCCUGGGUUGCUCUGCUUAUCUCGCUCGUCUUGUAUUUCCUCGGAAGUUUUGUCGGUAAGAACAGCGGCAGCCGUGGCCUCGGCCGGAACAAGAGCGUGAGAAGCCGACGCAGCUACGACAUGGGUAGCCGCCGGGUCAAGGACGACUACUCUUAA